AUGCCACCCCCGGAGUACGGGUCCCAGGCCUAUUGGGACGAGCGCUACGUCGGCGAGGCGGCCUUCGAGUGGUACGUCGUCGACGGCGAGGCGUUGGCCUUCCAGGUGCAGCGCGUCCUCGAGCACAUCGACGACGAGGACCACAUCCGGCCGCCGAGCAUCCUGCUGCGGAACGGCGCGCAGAUCAAGCUCCAGCGCGACGAGUUCGACAGCGCGCACCUCCUGCUCGAGGCCGGCUGCGGCGCGUCGAGCCUGACCGCAGACCUCGUGCGCCUCGGCGCGAUCCCCGUGCAGUGGCGCUGCGUGGCCUUCGACUACUCGGCGACGUGCGUCGCCGCGCGGCGCGCGGAGCCGUCGGUGUCGGGCCUGACCUACGAGCGCUGGGACGCGACGAAGCUGCCGCUCGGCGACGGCGGCGCGUCGGUGAUUUUAGACAAGGCGUGCGUCGACGCCGUCGACUGCGCGUCCGACGGCGGCGGCGCGGCGCGCGCCGUGGCCCGCGAGUACGCCCGGGUCCUGCGGGUGGGCGGGGCGCUGCUGCUCGUGACCUGCCGCGACGCCGCGCGGCGCCUCGAGAUCUUUCGGGGGUUGCCGCUGGACGUCGAGGCCUGCGAGCGGCUGCCCAAGCCCGCGGCGGAGGCCGGGCGGCCCCGUGGGGCCGUUUUUAUGUUGCUGAGGAAGUAUGCCGACCUCGGCGGCCUGCGGAGCUGCGAGCGCGCGGAUCGCCCCGCGGAGCCGGCGCGCGACGUCGCGCUCUCGCCGCCGCCGCCGGCGCGCGUCGCCAUGGACGACGUCGACGACGCGCUCCUGGGUUUGAAUCCCUUCCUCGACAGCGACGACUCGGACGACGAGGGCUGGAAGGACGGCCUCUUCGACGACGACGACGCAGCCGCGGGCUACGGCGGCGACGCGCCGCCGGACGACACAGCCGCGGGCUACGGCGGCGACGCGCCGCCGGACGACGACGCGGAGUCGCCGCCGGAGAAGCCGCAGGGGCCCGUCGACGAUGAACCGGCGCCGCCGCCGGGCGUCUCGCCCGUCGACGACGAACCGCCGCCGCCGAGGCGCCCGGCGCCGGCGCGGCGCGGCGCGGGCCUCGCGGCCGUCGCGGGCCUCGCGGCCGUCGCCGUCGCCGCGGCCAUGUGCGAGGGCGCGGGCGUCGAGGCGACGCUCCACGCGCUCUUCCUCGCGGCCUGCCUCGGCGUCGUCGUCGAGUACCGCCUGCGCGAGCCCCAGCCGGACCGGGGCGUGAGCGACUGGGCGCUGAUCCUGUCGCGCUUCGUCGCGCGGCGGCCGCUGCGCGUCAUCGCCGCCGUCGGCGGCUACUGCGCCUUCCUCGGCGUCCUCGCCUUCGUCGACGUCGAGUGCGGCGGCUGGCGGCCCCUGCGGCUCGUGACGGAUCUGGCCGCGUACGCGAGGCAGGACGACGUCGCGUCCUACAAUCUCGCGAACCUCGAGGCCGCGCAGGACGCGUCGGAGGCCCGCGGCGCCUGCUCGGGCUACUCCCGGAGCCGCCAGCGGCACCGCUACCUCGAGGCCGCGGGGCUGAAGCAUCGUCGGCUGUCCUCGUCGGGCGUCGUCGAGGACUUGAAACUUUUCUACGCGGCGCGGCCCCGGCCGGGCAACGUCAUCGUCGACAAGUCCAUCAUCGACGCGCGGAACCUCGAGCGCAAGAUCGUGUCCCACAACAAGUUCGACGACCACUGCUGGACGACGUAUCGGAGCAGCGGGCCGGACCGCUACUGCGCCGACGCCGCGGUGCGCUCCGCCGCGGACCCCUACUUCGACGACGAGGGCGCUUUGCUCGAUGUCGCUACGGUGACGGCGGAGCUCGCGCGGUCGGAUCUAGGCGCCCACUUCUUCGACGUCAACUUCGGCCUCUUCCACCAGGCGUCGAACGUGUCGAAGACGGAGAUGUACUUUUCGAUCACGGACCGCGACGACUUCCGCCGCUGGGCCGAGAAGUACCUUUUGGAGACGCUGGAGGCGGCGUCGACGAAGGACACGCGCGUCUGCUGGCUGAACCACGACAUCAACGACUACGAGGUCGAGGUCGCCGUCUGGCACGACGGCGUCCUCGCGAUCGCCGCUCUGGCCUUCGUCUACGUGGCCAUGGUCGUGCACACGCGGUCGCCCUUCCUCGCGACGGUGGCCAUGGGCCAGAUCCUCAUCUCCGUGCCCGUGGGGCUGUACCUCCACCGGGCCGUCUUCGGCUUCGAGGUCACGUACGUGCUCAACUUCCUCGGGCUCUUCAUCAUCGCGGGCAUCGGCUGCGACGACAGCUUCCUCAUCUUCGACGUCUUCAAGCACGAGCUCGACCGGGGCGUCGCGCGGUCCCUGCCGGAGCUCCUCGCGGAGACGUACCGCAAGGCCGGCGCGUCCAUGGCCAUCACGUCGCUGAGCUCGGCCGCGUCGUUCUUCGCGAACGCCGUUUCCACGCUGCCCGCGAUCCGGUCCUUCGGCGUCUUCUGCGGCACGCUGAUCCUGGUGAACUGGGCGCUGGACGUGACGGUCUUCCCCGCGUGUCUGGUGUUGCGGAGCCGGUUCCUCGAGUCGUCGCCGGCGGCGGUGGUCGUCGAGGGCCAGGACGACGUCGCGGUCGCGUCGUCCGUGGAGCUCGUGACCCGUGACUCCGGCGAGGCGGAUCUGGUGGCCGAGGACGUGCGGCCCGACGACGAGAACCCGCUCUGGCCCGCGCCGGGCGCCUGGGGCCGCGUGUCCGUCGUGGUGGCGACGCCCUACGAUUUGGGCGAGGCCUUCGCGAAGUUCAAGAGCUGGGCCGCCGUGGACCAGUGCUUCGGCAAGACCCUGCCCCGGUCCGUGCGCCGCUUCCACCGGCCCAUCCUCGUACUGUGCGCGGGGUUGUUGGCGCUCGCGGCGACGGGCGCGGUCCUCAAGACGGAGGCGGACGACGAGCCGCCGCGCUUCUUCCUCAAGAGCCACAACCUGGGUCUGGUCUACGACCUCGAGGACGACUACUUCGCGUCGACGACGCGCAGCGCGUCCUUCUCGAAGCGCGGCACCGCGGACGUCGACGUCGAGGCGCCGACGCCCGCGCCGAGCGCGCCCGCGCCGACGCCGGCCCCGGCGCCCGCGCCGACGCCGGCGCCGAGCGCCCGGCCGACCACGGCGGAGCCGACGCGACUCCCCGCGCCCGCGCCGACGCACGGGCCGACGCUGUCGCGCGCGCCCGCGGGCACCGGCCACCCGACGAAGACGCCCACGGUCGCGCCGUCGGCCGCGCCCGACCCCACCCCGGCCCCGACGCGCUCCCUCCCGCCGCCGAGCCCGGCGCCCGUCGUGCGCACGCCCGCGCCCGUCGCCACGCCGGCGCCCACGGCCUGCGACGCGGACGCCGUCUGCGGCGGCCGCGGCGACUGCGAGGCCGUCGCGGGUCUGGCGGACGGCGCGCGCCUCUGCCACUGCUACGCGGGCUUCUACGGUCCCACCUGCCAGUUCGACGAGGCCCGGGAGCUCGACGCGUCGGCCAUGCUCAGCCUGGACGUGGCCUACGGCCUCGCGAAGCGACCCGGCAAGGCGACGUCGCGGCACCGCGGCGGCAAGCCGAGAUACCGGUCCUUCGACCUCGCGGACCGCGACGUCCAGGCAUUCGUGUUGGAGACCUGCCGCCUCGCCAAGGCCACGGACUCGCUGCGGGUCCGCGCGCGGAACACGGUCUGCGUCCUGGAGAUCUUCGAGUCCGAGUUCCUCGAGCCGCGGGGGAUGGCCCUGCCGCUGUCGCCCCGCGACUUCGAGCGCCACCUCAACACCUUCGCCAAGAGCCGCGUCCUCUUGGACGGCGCGUCCAUCGACCACUGGGUCGGCUUCGACUGCGACACGGGCGACGUCCUGUGCGACGUCGCGUGGCUCCGGGACCGUUUCACGCUCGCGGACCGCGAGGACUCGGACGUCGCGGACCGGUCCAAGCUCUUCAAGAAGUGGCGCGACUUCCUCGACGACCGCGGCGACGCGCGGCCCGAGGGCGUGUCGAAGCCGAUCAUGGCGUCCGAGGACGAGGUCAUGACGUCGCUCGAGGCGAACAUCGUCCGGAGCUCCGUGAUCGCCGCGCUCGUGUCCGUCGCCUGCGCCUUUGGGUGCGUGCUGUUGCUGACGCGGGCUCUGUUCCACACGUGUCUGAUCUUGGCGGUGGUGGUCUGGGAGAUGGCGCUGCUGACGGCGUUCAUGACCGCGGGGCUGAAGUGGUCCAUCGGCAUCAUCGAGGCCAUCUCGCUGUCGAUCUUUGUCGGCGUUUCUGUGGAUUAUGUGCUCCAUGUAGACCAGGCCUUCCGGUUCCACGCGGCCUUCGCGCAUUUGGUCGCGGGCGAGGCCGAGCCGACGCCCGCGGCGCGCCUCGCGCAUCUGGCCGCGGCGCUCGCGGAGGUCGGCGCGCCCGUCUUCGCCGCGGCCUUCACGACGUUUGCGUCCGCCGUCUUCCUCCUCUUCUGCCUCAUCCUGCCCUUCAAGAAACUGGGCGUCAUGAUCUGCGCGCACACGGCGCUGUCCGCGGCCGCCGCUUUGAUUGUGCUGCCGGCCGUGCUCUUCGUCGUCCCCCAGCGCCGCGUGAGCCCGGCGCGGCCCAACGACAACGGCGGCGCGGCCUUCGAGCUGCCCGUGGUCAUGGCCGAGGAGGCGCCGCCGGCGGACGACGCGCCGCCGCCGGACGACGACGCGGCCGCGAAGAAGGUCGCCGACGACGCGGCGCGCGCGGCCGCGGCCGCGGGCGAGGACCCCGACGAGCACAAGAGCUGA